UAGUCCCGUCUCUGUGCGUUGGUGCUCUUUAUAUAUACAGAGUUAUGUUUCAAGGAUAUGAAUUAAUUUGAAGACAGAUUUGUGUGAGCUCAGGACACCAUCGACUGGAUGUAAACUUCAAUUUGACUCUGUUCUGGAGUGAAGAUCAUCUGGACUCUGGAGUCACCACAACAACAACUACAACCAGAAACUGAGACACACACACGUUUCAACUACACAACAAAGUGGUUGAAAUUGUGAUGUUAGAUGACAUCAUCGUUACAUCAUUACCAUCUGUAAACUUUAAAAGCCAGUGUGAGGAGCACAGUCACUGUAACUAAAGUGACACAAGCAUAACUUUGGUUUUUAGGUGAAUUAAUCAUGUUUAUCUCAGUCACUUAUUUCUGAAUUUAAUUCCAGACAUAAGUAUCAAGCCUAACAAAAGACUUACAGUAUAAUCAGCUACCAGCUGAGCAGGGUUAGUAAGCCAACAUGGCUGACCCCUACCAAAACAACAUGUACCAACAAGGGGGUGACAGCUAUGGGACUUACGGAGAAGGUGGCGACUACCCUCCUCAGGAAGAGGACGCAGCGAGCGACGUGACGGAAGGACACGAUGAAGAGGAUCAGAUGUACGAGGGGGAAUAUCAGGGGAUCCCACAUCCUGACGAGGUGAAGGCUGCACAGAGAGCCGCACGGGCUAAAGCCCGAGAAGGCAGAAGCGGCAUCUCUGAACUAGAGGAGUUGUCUGAACAGUACGAGGACAUCAUGGAGGACUGUGGCCACGGGAAGUUCCAGUGGACGCUCUUCGUGGUGCUGGGCCUGGCUCUAAUGGCCGAUGGAGUCGAAUGUUUCGUGGUGGCUUUUGUUCUACCGUCCGCAGAAAAGGAUCUGUGUCUGUCCCACGCAGAGAAAGGAACGCUGGGUUUGAUCGUCUUUCUGAGCAUGAUGGUGGGAGCGUUCGUGUGGGGCGGUCUGGCAGACAAAGUGGGCCGCCGGCGCUGUCUGAUCGUGGCGUUGGCUAUAAACUGUAUCUUUUCAUUCCUGUCGUCAUUCGCCCAAGGUUACGGCUUCUUCCUCUUCUUCAGGCUGCUGUCCGGCAUCGGGAUUGGUGGCACGGUGCCGAUCGUGUACUCGUACUUCUCUGAGUUUCUUCAGAUGGACAAGAGAGGGGAGCAUCUGUCCUGGCUGUGUAUGUUCUGGAUGGUUGGUGGGAUCUACGCCUCCUUCACUGCGUGGGGGAUCAUCCCCAGAUACGGCUGGGGGUUCAGUAUGGGUACAGAGUUUCAGUUCCACAGCUGGCGGGUUUUUGUCCUGGUUGCGGCUCUUCCUGCGAUCAUGUCUCUGGUUGGACUCACCUUCAUGCCUGAGAGUCCUCGCUUCCUCCUGGAGAACGCCAAACACGAUGAGGCUUGGAUGAUCCUGAAGCAGGUCCAUGACACCAACUGGAGGGCCAAGGGACAGCCAGAAAAAGUCUUCACUGUGACUCACAUCAAGGCUCCUAAAACAGCAGAGGACGAGUUCAUAGAGAUUCAGAGUGCUACAGGAACAGCUGUACAACGAUGGGCUGUGCGCUCACUAACACUCUGCAAACUGGUGUUCAGGAACGUGGCGUCUCUCCUGUCUGCAGAGCUGCGCUACGCUACACUCUUCAUGGCCGUCAUCUGGUUCUGCAUGGCUUUCAGUUACUAUGGUCUGUCUGUUUGGUUUCCUGACAUGAUCAAACACCUUCAGUACAUGGAGUACAGGUCCAAGGUCAAGGUGUUCCAUGGAGAAAGAGUGGAGAACUACCAUUUUAACUUUUCUCUGGAGAACCAAAUCCAUAGAGAAGGAGAAUAUAUCAAUGACAAGUUCAUCAGUAUAAAGAUGAAGUCAGUGAAGUUUGAGGACUCACUGUUUGAAGACUGUCGCUUUGAGGACAUCAGGUCCACAGACACAAUGUUUGAGAAAUGCACCAUCCGCUCCACUGUCUUCUUUAACACAGACCUGUGGGAGGAGAAGUUCAUCAACUGUAAGAUGGAGAACACCACCUUUGAGCAGAACAAACACGGCUGCCACAUGGACAGUGUUGAGGAGAACGACAUCCUCAUUUACCUGGUAAGCUUCCUGGGCAGUCUGGCGGUGUUACCAGGCAACAUCAUCUCAGCCCUCUACAUGGAGAAGAUCGGCAGGGUCAAGAUUAUAGGUGGCUCCAUGCUGACUUCAGCAGGCUGUACCUUCUUCCUGUUCCUGAGCUUCAGCCAAUCAGCAAUCAUUGCUCUACAGUGUCUCUUCUGUGGCAUCAGUGUGGCUGCUUGGAACGGCAUCGAGGUGGUGACCGUGGAGCUGUAUCCUGCUUCUAAAAGGGCAACAGCGUUCGGCGUGCUGAACGCUCUCUGUAAGCUGGCAGCUAUCCUUGGCAGCACAAUCUUCUCCAGCUUUGUGGGCAUCACCAAAGCCGUCCCCAUCCUGCUGUCUUUCACAGCGCUGGUGUGCGGUGGCCUCGUGGCUCUCAAACUACCUGACACGCGGGAGAAAAUCCUCCAGUGAAUUUAUUUUGAAAGCAAGAAUGGAAAAAACUCAUGCCUGUUAAAUGUAAAAUACCAAGUUCUAUUUUUUUUCAUUUGCACCACCAUUUUCAUUUUGUACACGUUCUACAAAGGUAGCGGGGGGUUGGGGUUUAGUCGUACAAGUUACAAUGUUCAAAAAGAGAUUGGAGAGAGAGAGUUUGGUUUUCUUUCUGAUGCUGUGAUGCAAUUUAUCUGUCAAGACAAAAUGGACUUAAUGUUAUUUUUGUGUAAAUGCCGCUUGAGGCUUAAAUCACAUGAUCUAACUGGUCGUCACAUUCUCUGCUACUUGCCUUUAUACCAGUGGUUCCUUGAAUUAUGGCGAGUCAUGUCAAAUACUGGCCAAAUGCUUUCUGUGACCGGCACAUUUUUAGGCUUUACAGCUAUUUUAGCAAAUGAAAUUGUGAAAGAUGUUUGUUGAAUUUUUAGAAGUUACAGUUCCCCUCCACUUAGUGUCAGUUAUCCUUGAAAACACUGUUCUUGUGCUGAGCCACCAGCACAAGAACAGUGCUGAGCCACUCAGAGCUGUGUUUGUCCUGCAUUAUAAAGGAGGGAAUCUAAGCUAUCGCUCACAGCAUCAAGUAGUCCUGUAACCUCAGCACUACAAUACCCAUGAUUCAAAUAACAUUACAGAAUGACAUACACACAGAUGACUUACUUGAAGUGAAACAGCUACUUAUUUGUAUGUUGAAGUCCAACAUUUUGUCUCCUGUGCUGUAUGUUUUGCAUGAGCACUAUCACCUCUUCCUGUUCUUGGGUUCAUUAGUAGAGAGAAAGUACGUUCUCAUUUGACUUACACAGACAAAAUAUAUGUGAGUAAAACUGUGCGCAUUUGCUUUUCGGUCUCUGUCUGACUCUGCCUUUCAACAAAGGCAUGAGGUCAAUAUUGGUUUCACCUCCAUGCAGUUUCUAAACACAGGUUGAAUCUACUAUAUCUCUGGCCUUGACAGUGCUGUUAGAUGUAAAUUGAGUUGGGGAAUAACUACAGUAGUAAUGACUAAAGAAGUGUUGAAUGGAGUAGACAGGUGAUUAGCUUUGACAAUUGAUCAUUUUAGCCAUUCAAAACUUCAUUAUGAACCAUUUUAAAGGAAUAUUUUUUAGGUACUUUUAGGUUUUGACUGUUGAAUGGUCACACAAAAUCAGAAUGUUGAGUACAUCAACCUGUGACGAGCAUUUUUACAUUAAUCAAUAAGAAAACAGUAAUAAAAUAAUUAUAUUUCUUGUGACUUUAAAUUGAAGUCAUACAAUUUAUUAUUCAAAGUGUUGGUAUUUCAACCCUCUUCCCUAGAAAUAACAUUUCUACACAACUAAGCUGCAACAGCAAUAUAUUUUGUAGGAAAUGUGAUUGUACUUUCUAUAAAGAUAAUCAGGAUAUGUUGUUAAUUUACAUAUUUAGCAAGUCACAAAUAUGUUGAUACAGAACAUAUCAGUGAAAUGUUCACAGACAAAAUAUUUGUGUCAAAAUAUCCAACUGUGAUCGUGCUCUUUUGUAAUAUUUUCCAUUGCUACAUAGCUAACAUUAGCAUUGACAGGUGUUUACUUACCAGGCUUGGCAAGAGCUUCAGCCAUUGUUAUGUUUACAAUACAAGACCCACUGAAGAGUGCAACUUCUUCAGGGCAGUCUGGACGCUACAGUGACUCAGUAUCAGACAGUUUUGAGACAGUCCAACCGGGUAGGAGCUAGCUGGUUAGCAUGCUAACUUGAGUAGAGGAAAAGAGGUAAAAGAAGUAGAAGCAAAACAAGAUGGUUGCUUUCCACAGUGGCUUCAACUCUUGGUGAGUAAGGGGAGGGAGUUGAUGCUGAACUAGCAACAUUUCUUCUAGACUGGUAAGUAAACAGCUGUUAAUGAUAAAGUGAGGUAUGUAGCAAUAGCAAAACUUACAAAUAGCUCCUUUAACCAAAGCACUUUAGUCGCUGAAACCUGACCACAGACAGGACUCUGGAUGUGAAUGGUAGUCUCCGGUGUGACAGUCAUGAGCUUUGUACAUCUUGUGAUUUAGUUUAGUUCAGUUAAAAAUGUAACGUAAAGUAUAGAAACGUUAUUUCUAAGGGACAGAGGUUGUACCCUUUAUGUAAUAAAUUUGAAUAGCCUACGAGUGAUGAUUGUGGAACCAAGUCACUCCACAAUUUAUCCUUUCAAACACACAUGCAUCUUCAUUUUCUAUUCAAGUUCAUUAUAUCAGUGUAAGUUAUAUUUAUUAUUCAUAUAAAUUAUCACUGGUAGGACUUACACACUGUACAUGGAGCAGAGUGUUCAGUGUCUUCCAAAGAGACUUUUUUAGUUUGAACUGAAGAUCCUGUUAUUGACCAGAUGGAUGAGGCAGAUCGUCCUUCCUCUGUUUGCUUUGCUUUGACCAAAUCUUGGCUGUGAUCUUGAAUCUGAAAUUGUUUACUGUCUCACUGUAAGAUGAGAAACUUCUGUGAUAGGCUGCUGCUUUGUCUGGCUGUAUCAUCUGCUUUUAUUUUUAUUAUUAGCUGUUCCAAUGACAUUUCUUUCAUCAAUGGUGAUUUAUAGAACUAAAAAGAAAAGAUAAAGCAAUGCACUUGAUUGUUCACACAAAACAAUAUGGAAGUUGUGUAAAAAAUGAGAAUGAAAUUUAAAACCCUCUGCUGACCUUUUCACCUCUGCACAUCUGGUCAAUUACUACUUCAAAUCAGCCCCCCAAUUCAGACAUUGGACCGGUGUGGGGAGGGGGAUCUGAAUGCUGUUUGAUGAUCUGACAAGCACUUCAUUUGAAGUUAUAAUUCAUAAUAUAUUAUAAGGUUCAAGGUUUAAUUGACAUGAUUUUCUGUGAAUUUCCAAAUGCCAUCUAGCAAAUUGAUUAUCCACGACCACCAAGCAAAGGUUUCAUGUACCAAACUCAAGCUACAUUAAAAGAAAAUGUUUCAAACUUAUGGAAACUACAAUUUGCCUUCAGAAGCCAACAUGCUACAGCAGCAAAAAAUGGAAAAUGUCAUCAAAUCCCUUUAAUAGAAGUUAAUGGCAAUGGUAUGAUAAUGUUUUUGUUUUUUUUAAAUAAAGAUUCACUGCUUGCAAAUCAUCAAAAUGAGCCCAAGUCUAGUUGUGUAUGAUCGUCUAUGAACGUGUUGCUAGUACUGUUUGUUUUUGUUUGUUUGAUGUACAGUAUUGGGAAUGGCUUAUGAAUAGUGUGUCUUUUUAUGACUUCCUGUCUUUAUUUAUUUGGACCUGUUGUCUGUGUCUGACAUUUCUGUGAAGCAGAGACAAAAAGCCAUAAUCUGUUCUUUGUUUGGAUAUUUUGUAUUUGGAAUCACUGUCUUUCUUUUCAUUGGUGGAGAAGGAGAAAUCCUACCAAUGUAAAAUGUCUCACUGUUUGACUCCAUCUCUGUCUGUUGCUAUGUGUAUUUGUGGCUGUGACAAAUCAGACCAAUAAAAUGAGUUCAUCAGUG